GUGUCAGUUUUGACGACUCUUCUUAAACGGGAACCCAUACGCACCACUAGAUUCUUACUUGUGUAUACUACUAUCGUCGUUGUCUCGCCGGAGAAAAUGGCGAGCAAUCUUCUCCGGCUUAAUCUUCUACCGCCGUCGAGUCUGCAUAUUCCUCAGACCUGUAAGUUCCCCGACGUUAAUUGCGCGAAGCGAUGCUUUCCAAAACAGCGCCGGGUUCGUAUCCGAAGGUAUUGUUCGAGACCUGGAUUUUUGGUGUCAAACUCGGUGGAGAUUAGUACUCAAUCAUUUGAAUCUGCGGAAUCUUCCGUAGAAUCUGUGAAAUCCGUGACGAGCGAUAAGCCUGUUUUACUCGAUGUGAGUGGGAUGAUGUGUGGUGGCUGCGUCGCUCGGGUUAAGUCGGUUCUGAUGUCUGAUGACCGAGUCGCGUCUGCUGUGGUUAACAUGCUGACGGAAACCGCGGCUGUGAGACUUAAACCGGAGGUUGAGGUGGUGGUGGAUGUGGCGGAGAGUUUAGCUAAGAGAUUGACUGAUAGUGGCUUCGAAGCUAAGAGGAGGGUCUCGGGGAUGGGAGUGGCGGAGAAUGUGAAGAAGUGGAAGGAGAUGGUUAGUAAGAAAGAGGAAUUGCUCGUUAAGAGUAGGAAUCGUGUGGCGUUUGCGUGGACACUGGUGGCUCUCUGUUGCGGGUCUCACACUUCGCAUAUUCUUCAUUCCUUGGGAAUUCAUAUUGCUCAUGGAGGGAUUUGGGAUUUGCUACACAACUCUUACGUGAAAGGCGGUUUGGCAGUUGGAGCUUUGUUGGGACCAGGAAGAGAAUUGCUGUUUGAUGGUAUAAAGGCUUUUGGGAAAAGAUCACCUAAUAUGAAUUCGUUAGUUGGACUGGGAUCUAUGGCUGCGUUUACCAUCAGCUUGAUCUCAUUAGUUAAUCCAGAACUGGAGUGGGAUGCUUCCUUCUUCGAGGAACCGGUCAUGCUGCUUGGCUUUGUGCUCCUUGGUCGUUCUUUGGAAGAAAGAGCAAAGCUUAAAGCAUCUAGCGAUAUGAAUGAACUGUUGUCACUCAUCUCCACUCAAUCAAGACUUGUGAUAACUUCAUCAGAUAAUAAUAACACAGCAGCUGAUUCUGUACUUUCCUCUGAUUCAAUUUGUGUCAAUGUCCCAGUUGAUGAUAUCCGAGUUGGAGACUCACUGUUGGUUUUGCCUGGUGAAACAUUUCCUGUCGAUGGGAGUGUCCUAGCUGGAAGAAGUGUUGUGGAUGAAUCUAUGCUGACAGGAGAGUCACUUCCCGUGUUUAAAGAAGGAGGCUGCUCUGUUUCAGCGGGAACAAUAAACUGGGAUGGCCCUCUACGGAUCAAAGUUUCUUCUACUGGUUCCAACUCAACGAUAUCUAAAAUCGUCAGAAUGGUUGAGGAUGCACAAGGUAAUGCAGCUCCUGUACAGAGGCUGGCAGAUGCGAUAGCUGGACCUUUCGUCUAUACUAUAAUGUCUUUAUCUGCAGUGACGUUUGCCUUCUGGUAUUACAUUGGUUCAAACAUAUUCCCAGAUGUUUUACUCAAUGAUAUUGCUGGACCUGAUGGAGAUCCUCUGGCCUUAAGCCUAAAACUGGCCGUGGAUGUCUUGGUAGUAUCCUGUCCCUGUGCACUGGGCCUGGCAACACCAACUGCCAUAUUAAUUGGCACCUCUCUUGGUGCAAAGCGGGGAUAUCUUAUCAGAGGAGGAGAUGUCUUAGAACGUCUGGCUUCCGUAGAUUGUGUGGCUUUAGACAAGACAGGGACUCUUACUGAAGGAAGACCUGUCGUCUCUGGUAUUGCUUCUCUAAGGUACGAAGAACAAGAAGUUCUUAAAUUGGCUGCUGCAGUGGAAAAGACAGCAACACACCCAAUAGCAAAGGCUAUUGUAAACGAGGCUGAAGCGUUGAAUCAGGAAACUCCAGAAACAAGAGGUCAAUUGACAGAACCAGGCUUUGGUACUUUGGCUGAAAUAGAUGGACGUUUGGUUGCAGUGGGUUCUCUUGAGUGGGUUUCUGAUCGUUUCCUCAAAAAGAACGACUCCUCGGACAUGGUGAAGCUGGAAAGUUUUUUGGAUAAUAAAUUAUCAAGCACAUCAUCAACGUCUAGGUACUCGAAGACUGUGGUAUAUGUUGGCCGCGAAGGAGAAGGAAUCAUCGGUGCUAUUGCAAUAUCCGAUUGCUUGCGCCAAGAUGCUGAGUUUACUGUAGCCAGGCUUCAGGAGAAGGGCAUCAAAACAGUUCUCUUAUCAGGGGAUAGGGAAGGGGCAGUGGCAACAGUGGCAAAGAAUGUAGGGAUUGAGAGUGAAUCAACCAACUAUUCCUUGUCUCCUGAAAUGAAAUUCGAGUUUAUAUCUAAUCUUCAAUCCUCUGGACAUCGUGUUGCUAUGGUGGGCGAUGGCAUAAACGAUGCUCCUUCAUUGGCUCAAGCUGAUGUAGGAAUAGCUCUAAAGAUCGAGGCACAAGAAAACGCUGCAUCAAACACAGCAUCAGUCAUACUUGUCCGCAACAAACUUUCUCAUGUUGUGGAUGCACUGAGUCUCGCACAAGCAACAAUGUCGAAAGUAUAUCAGAAUCUAGCAUGGGCAAUUGCGUAUAACGUCAUCUCGAUCCCUAUAGCUGCAGGAGUCUUGCUUCCUCAGUAUGAUUUCGCCAUGACACCUUCCCUCUCAGGUGGACUAAUGGCAUUGAGCUCGAUCUUCGUCGUUUCAAAUUCGUUACUUCUCCAGCUCCAUAAAUCCGAAACAAGUGGAAACAGCUUGUGAUCGGCUCCAUCUAUUAUGGAGUCCAAGCAGAAGAAUGAAGGUUUUGUAUAUUCUGCUCUUCUGACAUUUUGGAGUUUGUUGUUAAGCUUUAUAGCGAUUAUAUAUACCUUGUGUUUUAUUCAUGAAUGUGAGGUUAUACCAAUAUUGUACGUAAAUAUAUAAUCUUAACCUUCGUAUAUCUUUGACUAUU